CGCCUGUGCCGGCGUCGCCGUCCACCCCACCCCCUCCACAAUCCGUGCGGCUCAUUUAAGCGGCCGAUAGCCCAGCCGCCGCAUUACUCUGCACGCAGACAGAGACAUUGCCGCGCGCACAUUAACUGUGACUCACUCUAAGUCGCCGCAGUACCGCGCGGAAACGCCACUCGCACACCUUCCAACAGUCUGCACCGUGACCUAUCUCUAUCGUCUUGUUCCCGUCGCGCUACUUAUCCCACUCAAUCGAUCAAUCAUGGACGGAGGAAAACUAGAUCCCACCGGGCAGUACUAACGGAGUAGUAUCAAAAGCGCUGUAGGGAUGUUCCAGGGCGGAUUGGACCCGACUGGGCUCUAUUGAGACAUGUGGAAACGUAACGACAGAGAUGUGGCAGUUAGCGGGAGACGGAGGACGUAGGGAGACCUCCAGUUGUCGACGCAAAAGACUACGGAACCUGAACAUCUACACCUCGUUAAUAUCAAUGCAUAACCGCCGCCAAAUAUCGAUAUUAUUCGAAAAUACUUUUAAAAUACGUAUUAAAGUUGGAGAUGAUAUUCUGUAUCAAGUUAGUUCUUUAUUGUAUCAAAAUAUGAUGAUAUUGAUGGCAGAAAAUAGAAACAUGAGCUACCAGAUUGUCUAUGCCGCUUUUCGGUUACGUGAACAGAAGAACAGAAAUGGCGAAGUGAUAAAUAACGUAACAAAUGUUGAGGAAAACAAAAGCAAAAAUUAA